AUGCUCUUUGAGUGUGCAUGGGAGGUUGCUAAUAAAGUUGGAGGCAUAUACACAGUCAUCAAGACCAAGGUCCCCGUGACUGUCCAGACUUAUGGUGACCGCUACACCCUCAUUGGGCCCCUCGUUUACAAGACAGCUCCAAUGGAGGUUGAAUCCCAGGAGCCAACUGACCCCGCUUUAGUCGCUACACUCGAGUCCAUGAGAGCACAAGGUGUGAAAUGUCUCUAUGGACGAUGGCUCAUAGAGGGUGCUCCCCGAGUCCUGCUCUUCGAUACGGGCAGCCAAUAUCACCGUCUUGACGAGUGGAAGGCCGAUCUUUGGAAUCUUGCAGGCAUUCCCUCCCCCCCCAAUGACCACGAGACAAACGAGACCAUUGUCUUUGGUUAUCUUGUGGCAUGGUUUCUCGGCGAGUAUGUUGCACACAAAGCUCAUACAGCUGUAGUUGCACACUUCCACGAAUGGCAGGCAGGACUCGCCAUCCCCCUCGCUCGAAAACGCCACAUUGAUGUCACCACCGUUUUUACCACACACGCAACCUUGCUCGGUCGCUAUCUCUGUGCUGGAAGUGUCGACUUCUACAAUAACCUUGCCUACUUUGACGUCGACCACGAAGCUGGCAAGCGUGGCAUAUACCACCGCUACUGCAUCGAACGCGCCGCUGCACACUGCGCCGAUGUGUUUACGACUGUCAGUGGAAUUACCGCAUGGGAGAGUGAGCAUCUCUUGAAGAGAAACCAGAUGUUCCAGGCAAUGCAUGAAUUCCAGAAUCUGCAUGCGACUUCCAAGGAGAAAAUCAAUGAGUUCGUUCGUGGGCAUUUCUAUGGUCACUACGAUUUCGAUCUCGACAACACCAUCUAUAUGUUCACAGCCGGUCGGUAUGAGUACCGCAACAAGGGCGUCGAUAUGUUCAUCGAGUCCCUUGCUCGUCUCAAUCACCGCCUCCAGCAGAGUGGGAGCAAGACCACAGUCGUCGCGCUCCUCAAAGGUCAAGCGGUCAUGAAGCAGCUGCGCGAUACCGUUACUGAGGUACAAGCUCGUGUUGGCGCACGGCUGUUCGAGCAUGCCGCGCGGUUCCAUGGCGAGGGUCGCACCGUGGUAGCGCCAGAGGACCUGCUAAGCGCAGAGGACCAACGACACACACUUCCUCCGAUUGUUACACACAAUGUGGCAGACGACGCGAACGACCCGAUCCUCAACCAGCUACGUCGCGUACGUCUCUUUAAUACACCGGGAGACCGCGUCAAGGUCGUGUUUCACCCCGAAUUUUUGAACUCAAAUAACCCCAUCCUGGGUCUCGACUACGAGGAAUUCGUGCGAGUUACUACGAGCCGUGGGGGAUACACCCCCGCGGAGUGCACCGUGAUGGGUAUCCCUAGCGUGACAACAAACCUCUCCGGAUUCGGGUGCUUUAUGGCGGAUUCAAUUCAUAGUCCCUCUGACGAGGGCAUCUACAUUAUCGACCGACGCACCACCUCCAUUGACGACAGCGUCGACGCGCUCGCGAGCUCGAUGUUUAACUUCGUCAGCAAAACGCGCCGCCAGCGGAUCAAUCAGCGAAAUCGCGUCGAGCGACUUUCGCCACUUCUAGACUGGAAGAACCUGGGCCUUGAGUACGAGAAGGCCCGAAUGCUUGCGCUUCGGAGGGCGUACCCUGAUGCAUUCAUUGGCGCUGACGAGGACAACGGGGAAGAAGUGGACUGGGGUUUCGGAGAGUUCCCGCUUUCUGUCCAAGCUAGCCCGAGGCUGAGAAUCUCGGGACUCGCGACACCAGGCGACAUGGGAACGCUUACAGAGGAGGGGCCAUUGGUCUCGCACGGGGAAGAUGACGAGGAUGAAUACCCCUUCCCUCUCGUCAUGAAAGUGCGCUCGCGCGCGUCAUCCGUGAUGUCUGGGGCAAGCACUCCUGGCGGUGGGGCAUUCAAAAGCCUCAGUGAGCACGACCUUCAAAAGGCAGACGCUGCGUUGAGCCAGGUUGUGUAGGCGACGCAUCUCUGGCUGAGUGUAGGAUCCAAAUCCAUUGUCUCUGCGAUAUCAAUAUGAAUAACUCAAAGUUAACUGAUUGCUUGUGCUAGGAUUCGUAAGCCUUCAUGUCACGCAUGCUCUAAUGUCCUCUAGAUACCCUAUGUUUGGCCUGGUUUUUGACUUCCAGAUCUCAUGUUACAUACUUCCGCCUGUCACCAUCUUUAUCAUGAUCUAUGUUCCAUUAUCGAGAUUGGUACCCAUGUCUGCUUUCAUGUUUUCCCCCCUCUAUCGACGACCCAUCGUAUGCCUUAACCAAAAUGUUACAUAUCUAGCGAUUUAACAUACGUAUCAUGAACUAUGGUAUCAAAGCUCCCAACCGAGCUUCAGAACUUACAUUCAAUGGAAGAGGUGGCGAAGAUGAGCAUUUUACGUAAAACUAC